AUGCGUAGCAGACAGCCAAGGUUUUGCGACGUCACGUACCUUCGUGGAUACGCCCGACAGCAAGGGCUGUACGAGGAAAUCGUUGCAACUGUGGACUGGGAGCAAGACAAGGUCUGGCGUGUCCGGAAGCAGGAGGGACAGGACAACUGGCACCUCAGGACAGUGAAGGAAUGCCCUGGGAUGGGUAGAGGGUUCUGCGGUCGAAGCUUACAGAAGGUGCCGGAUGACACCCACCAGAUCGGACCCAGAGAUGCGCACCAAGCUGCGAAGACGCGCCCACAUGGAAACUGGCAGUGCAGCAUGGCCCAAGACGGCUGCCAAAAACGGCAGCGCGACUCCGCCCUCCAGGAGCCCUACUGGUGGUGUUCCAAAUGCAGCUGGUACUGCUGCGACUCCUGCGUGAAGCGCAUGCCGGACAAGGCCACGUCCAAGCAGGUGGCACACUGGAGGCCAGGGGCUUCCCCCAAGCUGGACGCCCUUGUCGCAGACGUGGUGAGGGACUUCAACUUGCCCAAUCCAUUCCAGGCAGGGUACACCAUCAAGAUGAACUGGUAUCCAGAUGCGCUGUCUCGGGUCUCCCCACACCGGCAUGACAACUGGACCCUACUGGUUUCCUUGGGAGCGCCCAGGGUUCUGUCGGUGGACCGUGCUCAGGUCUUGAUGGAGGAUGGGGACCUCAUCCUCUUCGGCACCCAGAGCCACGGUGUACCAGAAAUGCCCAGCGCUGCAGGCGGCCGCAUGAGCCUGGUCUUCAUGUUUUCGCCCGACGACGCGGUAGGCGCGGCGGCCGAGGCCCGGGCUGCAGCAGGCGGCACCGCCGCACGGCGCGCGGGCGAGGUUCCGCCUGGACUGCCGCUGCCGCGCUGCACCCUGAGGCCCGAGGAGCUGCAGCUUGCAGCUCUGUCGAUGCAAGCUUCGGAAUGGGAGAGCGGCUACGAAGACAGUGAUUGGUGGGCUGAGCCAGCUGCAGAGGGUGAGGCUGAGGCAAAAAAUGAGGUCGACACCGCAGCCCUGGAUGCCAUCUGUGCUAUGGGAUUCUCUCGUGAGCAUGCCCGGGCAGCCCUACGGGCAACGGACGGAGACGCUGACCAGGCCGUUUCUUUAAUUCUGUCAGGUGCUUGA